CAUCAGUAGUGCAAGACAUGGGCACUGUACCACAAUGAUCGGACGACUGGCUGCUGUGAUUCUUUUCAGUACAAUAUGUCAGAUUCAAACUGCAGAGGUUCCUCGCCUGAUCCCUUUGACUGAGGUUGAAGUUGGUGAUAAUGUAACAUUUCACUGUUCAGUCUCUGAGAAGGAAGACAAAUUCUUUUACUGGUAUAAGCAGCCUCCUGGAUAUAUGGUCCAAACAGUUGCUGAUGUAAUCGUUGGCAAAGUAACAGUCCCUGAAAAAUUAAAAAACUCACGAUUCACAGUAACAAAAGGGAACAAUCAGUAUGUUCUCACCAUCAGAAAUGUCAGCAAAGAGGAUGAAGCAGCAUACUUCUGUCAAACUGGAUCCACGUUUUCACAGACUUUUGUCAAUGGCACAUUCUUGGCUGUGAAAGAUCAGAAUCAGCAGAAACACGUAUAUGUGAAACAAAGUCCAGAGAAAGCAUCUGUUCAGCUGGGAGACUCAGUGACUCUGCAGUGUUCACUUCUCUCCAAGAACAACAAAGAAAACAAAGAAAACAAAGUCCAGUGUCCAGGUGAACACAGUGUGCACUGGUUCAGAUCUGGAUCAGGAGGAUUUCACCCAGGCAUCAUCUACACUCACAGCAAAAGGAGUGAACAGGGAAGAAGCUGUGUCUACAGUUUGUCCAAAACUAUGCAGAACUCCUCUGAUGCUGGGACUUACUACUGUGCUGUGGUCACAUGUGGAGAGAUCCUGUUUGGUGAAGGAACUAAAGUGGAGACAGGAGUUUUUUCAGGUUCAGGAUCAGAGCUGGAUCCAGUUGUGAUAGUUCUUGGAGUACUGUUGGCCUGCUGUGUGACUGUGAUAGCCGUCCUUAUUUUAUUCAUAUAUCAAAGGAAAGUUUUCAAAGGAGCUUCCCCUCAUCAUGGACAUGACAAGUCAAAUGUGGAUCAGUCUAAUGAUCUGGAUGGUGAUGCUAAGGAAGCAAACUAUGCAGCACUGAACUUCUCUACAAGGAGGGUGAAAAGAGAAAAGAAGAAGAGAGAGUUACCAACGGAGUGUGUGUACUCUGAUGUUGCAGCACACUAACACAAUCAGCAACACCCUUCUCUAUAGGCAGAGCAGGGCCUGUGGACCCCUCCCCAAGUACACAAGUAAUAUAUUAUUGCCAUCUUCCACACCACAAUGACAGGAACCAGUUUUUCACAAGGCAGAAUGUUUAUAGUUGCAUCCAUUUCCAUUGAUGGCAAUGCAUCCAACAUUUGUCAAGAUAUUUCAAUGUGGGCCAACGUGGUGGUGAUUUUACAUUUCACUUGCUAUUGGCACCGAUAAUAGUAACUAUUCACAUCUUGUCACCAGUUCUUAAAAAUGUAUGGAUGAUUACAGUUUAUCAGAGUGCAUUUUGCCAAAGGGCUUAUGUCAUCAUCUGCCGCUUAUCUGGGUCUGGUUCUCUGCCAAACAGUCCACAAUGCCCACAGGUGGUGGGCCCGUGGGAGGAGGUGCUACCCGCAAACCCACGACCCCGAGAGAUUGAGCCUUGUGCUCUAUCAACUGAGCUAACCGGACGUUGUCAAAGGGCUUCUCAAUAUAUACGUUUUUCUGUCCACGCCUACCUCCAACCUUCUCCACAUCAGACUUUGCUGUCUUCCUACUCUAACUGUAAUACAAUCACAUAGCAACCAAAUAAAUGCAAACAUCUCUCAUUCACAAAACAACAGAUACAAACAAACACAUCCCACUCAUCCAUUCAUCGACUAUCCAUACUGCUCAUCCUCUUAAGGGUCACAGGGUAAGCUGGAGACAGUCCCAGCUGAUACUGGGUGAGAGUCAGGCUACACUGUGAACAGGUCACCAGUCUAUCACAGGACUGACACAUAGAGACAAACAACCAUUCAUGCUCACACUCACACCAGUGCACACUUUAGAGCUGCCACUUGACCUAAUAGACGCGUCUUUGGACUGUGGGAGGAAACCGCAGUACCUGGCGGAAACCCACGUAGGCAUGGGGAGAACAUGCAAACUCUACAUAGAAAAUUUGAGGCUGGCCGAUUUGAUUCUGGUUGUGAGGCGACAGAGCUAACCACUGCACCACUGUGCCGCCCUCUCAGAAACCAGCUGCAUAUAAAUAAGGUCCCUAAUUCACUUUUGCGGUAGUGUGCUCUUUUUGUUGAGAGACGCUGAUUGGUGGCAUAUUUGUUUUUUCCCUGGUUGAAUCAAAUAUGAUCAGUGACUGCAAAUAAUGUUUAGAUAAAAACAUUUGUCUGGGCUAACAAAUACGACAUGUACAGUACAAAUGCAGUGCUUAACUCUCAGGGAAUAAGCAAAAUGCAUACACUUCCCAUCAGGCUUUUAGUUUACUAUCUGGUAUUAAAUAAAGUCUAACUUUAUUUGCAUAGUAGCAUGUGUUUGUUUUUUCCCCUGGAGAAAAUGUAAGUAAAAUGUUUGCAUUGUGAAGUGUUGAUGCCAGUGAAAAGGUUAGUGAAAUCAGACAAAGGGAUUUUGUGUGUUAACAGAUCAGAAUCUUUUUUAAAGUGCAAAUAAGUAAGAAAGAUUUUGGAAAUGUAAAAAUGUUGUAGAUGUUUCUACUGUGUGUGUAUUGUUUCAGUCACUCACACUUUCUUAAACCAGAUGAUUCCUGCAAUGACUGCAACUUAAAAGUCAAAAUAAACAUUUUUACAUCUGUGCAUUUUAUAUGUAAAGUAAAAGUUUCUUUAUUAACAAA